UGCUCAGUAAGCCAAGCUAGGGCACUCCGGUGAAUAGCCCGCCCCCGCCGCGGAGGUGCUGGUGGAGCCUGGGACCGGGCGAGUCUCCGCCCCACUUUUGCAGCUAGUGGUGUUUCAGGGGGGAGAUUGGGACGAGCCUAGGAGGCCAGGACCCGGUCCUGUCGCUGAUUGCCUACCUCUUAAACCUCGGCACCAAGGCUGCUCGAGCCCCAGGGUGGUUUUUCCUUGUUCCCGCCACCUCCCGGUCUCUGGCCCAACAUGAUACUGACCAAAGCUCAGUACGACGAGAUAGCCCAGUGCUUAGUGUCUGUGCCGCCCACCAGGCAGAGCCUGAGGAAGCUGAAGCAGAGGUUCCCCAGUCAAUCGCAGGCCACUCUGCUGAGCAUCUUCUCCCAGGAGUACCAGAAACACAUUAAAAGAACGCAUGCCAAACAUCAUACUUCAGAAGCAAUUGAAAGUUAUUACCAGAGGUACCUGAAUGGAGUGGUAAAAAAUAGAGCUGCCCCAGUGCUCCUGGACCUGGCCAAUGAGGUGGACUAUGCGCCCUCAUUAAUGGCUCGGCUUAUACUGGAGAGAUUUCUACAGGAACAUGAGGAAACUCCACCCUCCAAGUCUGUUAUAAAUAGUAUGCUACGGGACCCUUCUCAGAUUCCAGAUGGAGUUCUAGCAAAUCAGGUCUAUCAGUGCAUUGUGAACGACUGCUGUUAUGGACCACUGGUGGACUGCAUCAAGCAUGCCAUUGGUCAUGAGCAUGAAGUCCUGCUGAGAGACAUGCUUCUAGAGAAAAACCUGUCCUUCCUAGAUGAAGAUCAGCUCCGUGCAAAGGGUUAUGACAAAACACCAGACUUUAUUUUACAAGUACCAGUUGCUGUAGAAGGACACAUAAUUCACUGGAUUGAAAGCAAAGCCUCAUUUGGUGAUGAAUGUAGCCACCACGCCUACCUGCAUGACCAGUUCUGGAGCUACUGGAAUAGAUUUGGGCCAGGCUUAGUCAUCUAUUGGUACGGAUUUAUCCAGGAGCUAGACUGCAACCGGGAAAGGGGCAUCCUGCUCAAAGCCUGUUUCCCUACGAACAUUGUCACUUUAUGCCACAGCAUGGCUUGACCCUAAAGAUCCUGGAAGAGAAGCUGGGAGGAAAAGGUGAAUCCAGAAGCCAUUUUACUUUCCUGCACUGCAAGAUCCUGGCAACAUCUGCCCUGAACUUCAGCUGAACUCUUCCUGCCCGUAGUCACACCACUACCUCUUUAGACAAACAUAUCAGGAGUUUCUGUUUUCCUUCAUCCCUUGCUGAUGUGAACAGCCAAGAACUACAGACACAACCCACUCAUUAUCAGCAUUUCUGUCUGUGUCACACAGUUAGUUUAUAGAUAGUCAUAAUCUUUCUUCGGAUGGUUUCUCCUUGCAUGCCAAACAAAAGAAAAACGGUGAAGCCAGAAAGGUGUGACUUUUCUGUUCUCCCAGUUACCGAAUCACCCUCUUAUUUUGCUUCCCUAAGCCUCCACUCACUUGGCUCUCUGUUCACAUGCACUCAUGGAGACCCAGCAUUGCAUCACCGUCGCGGAAUCAUCUAGCGCACACCUAGGAGCCCUGAAGCCACGAAGUCCGAAGCCGCUUUUGCACUCACCUGCAGAGCUCCAGAAGACCUUGAUGGCAGCCCGUGCUGUGUUCGCUGGAUUCGGUCUUUACGGCUUCCUGACUUCGUUGACAGUAAGCCAAGCUGCAAAAAUACACAGGAUGAGAAUUUCUUCUUUUUAUAAUGUUAUUUGAGUAGCAAAUAUUUUAGAUUUAUCUUAUGUGAAAGUAUUAGUUACACUGAGCCUGGAAACCACACUCCUUUAGACCAGGGGCUGAGAGGAGACGGCUGAAGCUAAGUGCCAGCAUUGAGGAGGAUUUAUUUUUAAACAUGGUUAGUUGUCAUUAUGCAUGUGAACUAAUACUUUUAUGAGUAGUUUUUUUUAGAGGCGCACGCUGUAGCCUGCUUUGUAUAUACAUUUUAUACCGUGUAAUUAUAUAACACUGAAGUUCUGCAUUAGAAACGUUUAGCUUUGUAUGAACUAAGUGUGCCAGAAAUAAACCUGGAGCAAUUUUUUAAUAAGCAAAAUAAAGGAGAUUUUGUAUUUGUUCACUCUAAUUUAUUCACUUUUAUGUACAGCAAAUCAGAUUCUAAAGUGAAACAUCAAUAAGUUAAUAAUCAUCCUAUUUUGUGGGAAGUUGAGUAUUAAUCUGUACCCAAAAUGUAUUUGGUAAAAUAUUUGCCCACCCCAUGCUGACAAAACAUAACUUUUAUAAUGUUGAAUAAAUGAUUUGGGAAAUAUUAAUAACAACAAUGUAACUUUUGCAAACAGCUUUAACUCAUAUACAUUGCUUGAUUUUUUUCAAAAGACUAAAUAUCUCAUUUCUACUUUGUUCAUUUUGUACCAAAGAAGGUUUGAAAAAAUAUGCCUGCUGCUUUUCCUUCUGAAGACAUAAGCCUGGUCCAAACGUGUGGAUUUGAACUCUGAGUGGGUACAUUGGGAAGAGGAAGAAGAUGAUGAAAUGCUAAAGAACUAUCAGGCAAACUUCUGUUUCAGUGUAAAAUUCAUUGUGCAGGCUUCUCAAUGACAUACAAUGAUCUGAAACCACCAGUGUAUUGCCUUGAUACACAUACACACACACACAAACACACAUGCAUGCGCUUUAAACAAAAAUGUUAAAAGCAGGUUUCCUAGCAUGUUCUAAACUGCUUUUUCUUUAUGAAUAAAUUACAUUUAUCAGCACAGAUGUUGAAAAUCCUGUUAAACCCUUGUCAAGGAUUUGUUUCUUUUACGUUAAACAAAUUUAUGAUGAACGUGAACAAAUAAAUUAAAAAAAAAAAGGUA